AUGAUGUGGGUCUCUGGCGUGGUUGCAGGAAUCCGCAAUAUUUUUAGUGGGAACGAGUCGAAGGUGAGCUUUGAUUCGUAUAAUUCGGAGGCUAGUGAGAUAUCCACACUGCAAGUGUGUGGAGGCAUAAAGACAGAGGUAUCGAAGCUGCUGAGCCCGCGCCUUCAAGUGUCCAGGAUUGAUUUUUUUGAUGGAAAAGUGCACAUGAGCCAGGUGUUUGGAGCAUUGAGCUUGAAGAAUUCUCUGGUACAAUUUGGAAUGGACAAUGAGGGGAGCAUGCGGCUUAGAGCAGUCCAUACAAGCGGAGGAGUCAUUGGGAAGAUCCAUACCAUUGUGAGCGGAAGCCGAGAAGUGUUUAGCCAAGCACAGGUAGACAUAAAGAGCAAAGCAAGCAGCAUUGGACUGAAGCUGAUAAGCCCGGCAAUAAAAGGAUCACAGAUGAUUUGUGUUGCAAAUGUACUGCAGCAGUUUGGAUCGCUGUGUGUUGGAGUGGAGGUUAUCAAAACAAACGAUGAAGUCGGUGUUUCUACAUGUGGAAGAUAUGAAGGCAAUAAAGGAAUAUUUUCUGUGGGGCUGCAGCAAUUUACUGCGCUGAGCAUGAGCUAUUAUCACAGAUUCAGCAAGAUGUUUGAUGCAGGGGCAGAAAUCCACAUGCCUCGUGGUGACUCGAUCAGUGGAGCACUGGGAUGCAGGCUUGUGACGUCAAAGGCACAGGUUAGAGCAAGUGUCAACAGCAACAUGGCGCUAGGAAUUGCACUUGAGGAAAGAGUGACAGACGGGCUCGCAUUGAAUGCAAACCUAGAGAUCGGGAGGUCAGGAUGUACUCAUGGGCUUGGGUUUUCGCUGGAGUUCUGA